AUGAUAGCGUUCGUUCCGUGCCCUCUCCACACGUCAGCCCAGAUUGGAGUAGUCCCACAGUCUCAUGCGUCGUUUGUACAGCUCCGAAUGCCUGCCACUGGACUUCUAGCCUCCCGUGCACCUGCGCGGGUGGGGCUUGGCCUGGCGGGGCCUCCAGCAGGGCGGGUCUCCCACUGCGCGGCUAAAAGCGCGGCAUUCCAUGGCACUUCCCCUGAUGCCGCUGAGGGCCUCGAUCAACUGUUGCCCUGUCUGGAUGGCAAGCAGCAGCAGCAGCAGCAGCAGCAGCAUUCGGAUGACAUUGGUUCAACUGCUCUAGCAUUCGGUGGGCUGUCGUUUGACGAGUGCAGCAUCGUCUUCCUCUCACCCAAUGCCUCCUGCUGCCACCCAGCAGCUCCAGCGGACCCCUCAUCUGCAGUCAGCCCCGCCCCUGCUUCCCAAGCCGCCACCUUCUCCGCUUCUUCCACUGCCUCUGAUUUUCCGUUCCCAUGUGAUGCCUCCUUCCCCGUUGCUGCUGCCUCCAAUGCCAUUGUUCUGAGCCUCCCAGUGAAGCGAGCAAGAGAGGAUUGCCCUGGGCUUGGGGCAAACCAAGCGGGGCUGGGUGGAGGUGGAGGUGAGAGCGGGGUGGUGCGCAGCAGGAAUUGGCAGGCUCAGUCGGUGGCAGAGCAGUUCCAGCAGCAGGGGGCGAGCAGCCGCGUGCAGGACGAGGAGGGAGCCCUUGUGGAUGCUCUACUGCUGGAGGAGCAUCAGCAGAUGCACGAAGGAGAAGGGAGGAGGCGAGUGCAAUCAGCCCUGUGGCCACGUAUGGAGUGGGAGAGCGCCCUUCCAGAUGAUGUGCUGCUGGGGGUCAGCAGCCUCGAUGCUGGCUUCACCGCACCGCAUGCACCAAUGCCAGUGCCGCUGCCCACCGCUGCGCUGGCUGGUUCCGUCCCUGGGCGGAUGGGCAGCAGCACUGGAGGGACGCUCGUUGUGAGUAGUUGCACCCAACCAGAGCUGGACACGUGCAGCGUGGCGCAUGAUAAUGUUGCUCUUUUUUUCGACACGCCCCUGGAUCCCCUAUUGCUGCCUGGACACGCCCCUACUGUCCCCCAGUUACCACACUGGCAGCCCUGCCGUGUGCCCUGGGCGGGUGGGCCCCAGGGACGGGUGCUGCCAGGCACAGCUGGUGGUGGGGUAGCGCUGGCAGAGUGGGCGUUGGAGCAGCGAAACAGCAGGGAGGGAGGUGCUCAAGCGCACCGGGGUCAUGGGCACCUACAGCCGCUGCCACAGCCCCUGCCACAGCCACAGCCUCUGUCCCAGCCACAGCCACUGUCACAGCCACUGUCACAGCCACAGUCACAGCCUCAGUCACAGCCACUGUUCCAGGCGCCCCUACGGUCAGCCCUUUCUCACCAACCAGGGGCCCCCGGCUUCACCGGUGCACUGUCCGCGCCCUCGAACCCAAGGGGCUUGCACACGCAAGCUCCCAUGCAGCCCCGCCAUGCCUUGGUGCAGGAGCCCUUGGCCGCCGGUGCUUUACCAGCUCUCAAGAACCCGGCGUUACGUCGGCCUGACAUAGCCAAUGCUCUGGAAGGUGGUGGGGCUGCCUUGCAUGCCACAGUUGGCCAUGGGCUCAACUCGGAUGUCCACGCCUUGGAUAAUUUUCACGCGCUUGGAGGAACAACCGAGUUGAAGUUAGGAAAUAACUGGAAUGGGGCCAUGGUUGACCACAUCAAGGAAACGCAUGAAUCGUUUAAUUUCCCAGGACACGGGCCGUUCACCCCAGCUUACACCGAGUCGGAUGAAUUAACUCUCGAGGCGAAGGUGUGCAGCCCACUGCUCCGCAUGGGUGCGGACGGACUCUCGUGA